AUGACAUUGAUAGGUGGAAUAUUCUUUAUGUCUGAUGAGGUUCAGUCAAACGAUAAGUUACAAUUUUUCAUCUUUCUUAUGAUUGUAUCUUAUAAUGGAACGUUUCUAGUGUACUGGAUCUUUACCUUAAUUACAUCAAUCAUAAGAUAUCAUGCUCACAUAAUAAAUAGAUUUCAAAGGAAAAAAAGUAUUAGACCUAAAAUUGAUGAUUAUGAAACCAACUUGAAAAAGUAUAUUACUUAGAGUUCAAGACAAAUGACUCUACUUUCACCAUUUAAAUCAGAUUAGAUGAAAUGUUGUAACAAGAACAAAGGACAAUUCGACUCUAAAAGAACUCCCCAGACUCCUUUUGAAAAUAUAAGUUCAUUACUAAUAAGCUCUAAUGACAGAAUAAACUCUCCUUUCCCAAUAGAAUUGAGCAAGAAGAUAAAUAUAUGCUAAACUUUUUGUUAAGUAGAAUGA